UUCCAUGGUGAUGUGACUGUGGAAGAAGAUGUUUCCCAUGCAGUGGACUUCACAGUGGAUAGAUUCGGCACCCUUGACAUCAUAGUCAACAAUGCGGGAAUUUCUGGAUCACCCAGUCCUGACAUACGCGAGGCAGACUUAUUAGAAUUCGACAAGGUGUUCAGUGUGAAUGUGAAGGGAGUGUUCCACGGGAUGAAACAUGCUGCCAGAAUCAUGAUCCCAAAUAAGAAGGGCUCCAUUGUUUCAUUAGCCAGUGUAGCAAGUGUCAUUGGUGGCCUUGGACCACAUGCAUACACAGGAUCAAAACAUGCUGUUCUGGGGCUCACAAAGAAUGUUGCAGCUGAAUUGGGAAAACAUGGCAUAAGAGUGAAUUGUGUGUCACCUUAUGGUGUUGCAACAGCAUUGUCUAUGGCCCAUUUGGCUGAAGAAGAAAGAACUGAGGAUGCUUUGGCUGGUUUUCGUGAUUUUACAGGGAGAAUGGGAAACUUGCAGGGUGUAGAGUUAACUACUAAUGAUGUGGCUAAUGCUGUGUUAUUCCUUGCAAGUGAUGAUGCGAGAUAUAUAAGUGGAGACAAUCUCAUGGUUGAUGGAGGCUUCACCAGUGUAAAUCACACACUUAAAGUUUUUAGAUGAUUAGUGCUGUUUUAUUUUAUGUAUGUUAAUGUACUAAGUUUAAGACAUUGCAAUCAUAAUGUCUGUCACAAGGAUUUUCAGUUAACACUCAAAUAAUGUCAAAAAUAUCUGAAAAUGGGUUUGUUUGGAUUA